ACCAAGUCCGGCGGCGGCGGCGGCGGCGGUCGGGAGGAGGCGGAGGACGCGGCGGUGGGGACGCGGUGACUUAGGGCCGCUCCGUGUUAUGAAGACAGUAUGGAGUUUCCAGACCAUAGUAGACAUUUGCUGCAGUGUCUGAGCGAGCAGAGACACCAGGGUUUUCUUUGUGACUGCACUGUUCUGGUGGGAGAUGCCCAGUUCCGAGCGCACCGAGCUGUACUGGCUUCAUGCAGCAUGUAUUUCCACCUCUUUUACAAGGACCAGCUGGACAAAAGAGACAUUGUUCAUCUGAACAGCGACAUUGUUACAGCCCCCGCUUUCGCUCUCCUGCUUGAAUUCAUGUAUGAAGGGAAACUCCAGUUCAAAGACUUGCCCAUUGAAGACGUGCUAGCAGCUGCCAGUUAUCUCCACAUGUAUGACAUUGUCAAAGUCUGCAAAAAGAAGCUGAAAGAGAAAGCCACCACCGAGGCGGACAGCACAAAGAAGGAGGAAGACGCUUCAAGUUGUUCGGACAAAGUCGAGAGCCUCUCGGAUGGCAGCAGCCACAUGGCCGGCGACCUGCCCAGCGACGAAGAUGAAGGGGAAGAGGAGAAACUGCACAUCCUGCCCGGCAAAAGGGACUUGGCGGCCGAGCCUGGGAACAUGUGGAUGCGAUUGCCCUCGGACGCCGCAGGCCUCCCCCAGGCAGGCGGCGAGGCCGAGCCCCACGCCACGGCCGCUGGGAAAACAGUCGCCAGCCCCUGCAGCUCCGCCGAGUCUUUGUCCCAGAGGUCUGUCACCUCCGUGAGGGAUGCGGCAGAUGUUGACUGUGUGCUGGACCUGUCUGUCAAGUCCAGCCUUUCGGGAGUUGAAAAUCUGAACAGCUCUUAUUUCUCUUCACAGGACGUGCUGAGAAGCAACCUGGUGCAGGUGAAGGUGGAGAAAGAGGCUUCCUGUGAGGAGAGUGAUGUUGGCACUAAUGACUAUGACAUGGAACAUAGCACUGUGAAAGAAAGUGUGAGCACUAACCCCCGGGUACAGUACGAGCCGGCCCAUCUGGCUCCGCUCAGGGAGGACUCGGUGCUGAGGGAGCUGGACCGCGAGGACAAAGCCAGCGACGACGAGCUCAUGACCCCGGAGGGCGAGCGCGUCCCGGUGGAGGGCGGCAUGGAGAGCAGCCUGCUGCCCUACGUCUCCAACAUCCUCAGCCCCGCCGGCCAGAUCUUCAUGUGCCCGCUGUGCAACAAGGUCUUCCCCAGCCCCCACAUCCUGCAGAUCCACCUGAGCACGCACUUCCGCGAGCAGGACGGGCUGCGCAGCAAGCCGGCCGCCGACGUCAACGUGCCCACGUGCUCGCUGUGCGGCAAGACCUUCUCGUGCAUGUACACGCUCAAGCGCCACGAGCGGACCCACUCGGGCGAGAAGCCCUACACGUGCACGCAGUGCGGCAAGAGCUUCCAGUACUCGCACAACCUGAGCCGCCACGCCGUGGUGCACACCCGCGAGAAGCCGCACGCCUGCAAGUGGUGCGAGCGCAGGUUCACGCAGUCCGGGGACCUGUACAGGCACAUCCGCAAGUUCCACUGCGAGCUGGUGAACUCGUUGUCGGUCAAAAGCGAGGCGCUGAGCCUGCCUGCCGUCAGGGACUGGACCUUGGAGGACAGCUCCCAAGAACUGUGGAAAUAAUCUUACCCGUCUAUAUAAAUAAUAUAUAUACAUAUAUAUAAAUAGAUCUCUAUAUAGUCGUGGUACGGUCUAAAAGCAGCCUUGUUUCCUGGAACUAAAAAGUUGGGAUAUUAACUUGUUUUUGCACUUUAGACUAGCAUGAGAGUCUCACUAAUUUAGCAUUCUGAUAAAAGCGACUUUAGAGCGCGUCGGAGACUAGAGACGUGUUUUUCCUUUGAGGGGUAGGGGAAGUAAGCCAAUAAACCUGUUAAUCAGAUCGUCCUAUCACAAAAUGCUUUCCUAGGGCUUAAUUUUGUCACCACGGCAUUGUCUUUUGAGCUGUUUUGUUUUUUGUUUUUUUUCCCCUGCAAUUUUUUUUUUUUUUUUUUUUCCUUUUUGAAGUAGAAAUUCCCUCCAGUUUUAUUAGCCUCUUUAUACAUCUCAAAUUGCAUGAACCUUUUCUGGCUGUUGGAAACCUGAAUGCUUUUAGACCCAAAUGGAAAAUUUCUGAAAUGCUGGAUUAUCUAUUUUUAAACAAGCAGUUGACUUAAUACUUUCUGUGGCAACUUCUGGUUUUCUGACGGUUCCCAAUGAGAGAAAUUCUGCAAGUACACUGGGAUCACUGGGACACUGUCUUGUGAAGGUUUGCUUGAGAUGAAAAAGGAUUUUGCAGCUUCAGCAGUGUUGAACUGUGUGUUUAAAAAUGUGAAUUACUGUUAUUGUAUACUGUAAUUGAUUACAUGGGCUGGGGGGGUGUCAAAAAACUUGACAGGUUGUGUUGAUGCUCUUAGUUGAGUCUUGAAAAGUAAAUAUUAACGCUACAGAAAUGCAUGCGUUUCAAUAUAUUUUUUUGUCUUUGCAUCGUAUAACUUUAA